UACAAGCUGACCACAUCUUUGUACUCCCAUUACAGAAGCCUUCACGUUCAGACCGCACCAUUAAUACAGAUGGCGACACAUUGCUACAUAUCGUCGAAUUCCAGCGAUCCCAUAGACUACGACACGGACAUUGCGCCAAUGUGGAUUAGAAUAAGUGUGGUAGUGGUUGGUGUGGCCACAAUACUGGUGAAUAUCCCUGCUAUCAUUGCCGUCAUUUUCACUAAAAUUCGGAAGCCUGUCGUCCGGAAUACACAUCUUCUAAUAUUGGGGAUAACUGACAUUCUCGCUGGGGUAUCUCUGUUUCCAAUUCUUUUAACCUUUAUGGAUCCUAAUAACCAAAUAAGCCAUUGGUCAUGUUUCUUGCGAAUUUUCUUUUUCACAUUUAUCUACUACAACUCGAUAGGCCAAGUAUGUGUUAUUUGUAUUGACCGCUUUUUCCUGUUAUCGAAGCCAUCUUGGAGGUAUACAUCCAAGUAUGAAAGAAGAUACUUUCGAAUGCUCAGUGUUAUGUUCUUGCUAACAUUUGUAUCGGUUUGCCUGAUAUUUUUUAUCCUUGGAUAUCCAAAAGGUCAUCAAAUUACAUGUAAACUAGAUACUCUCUUUUGUAACAACUUACAUCAAUUUAGUGCUAUUAGUGGCGGGGUUGCUGUACUUAUUCAGUGUUUGAUUAUAAUAUGUUGUAUAGCUAUGAUUGUGGUUCUGCAGCAACACCGUCGCAAAUGUCGACAAAUAGCACCAGCAAUCAGGACAGAAAGGUUAUCAGAAGAUACUUCAAACAAUCAACAAGAAUAUCGUCGAAAGGAACAUCAAUAUGGUAGAAUGAACGCGGAAUCGAAAAGUACUUUGACAAUGAUUAUAAUCAUCGUCAACCUUUUUGUCUGUGUGACGCCAUUGAACUUAGGAUUCGUGAUGCAAGGUUUGCAUUUGGUGGAAACAACCAGCAGAACAACAAGACACCUCUUCAUAACUUUAUCAAGUGUGAAUUCGUUAAUCAAUCCCUUUAUUUAUUGCUUCAGAACACCAGAGGUGAAGGCCACUUUAAAUUCUGGACUUGCUAAAUUUAAAGCAUUGUUUUAAAGAUAAAAACAUCAAUUUUAUUGAUGGAAACACCAACCCCUAAUGUAAAAAGAUUAUUAAGCUUUCGAUUUUAUGCUUUGUGAGCGACCUUUAUGUUAACUGUUGGUGCUCUGUACCCUACAUAUCGUUAAAUGGCACAAUUGGUGCCUGAUGGGUACAUAUGUGAUCGCGUUCAGUAUGAACGGGUUUAAUUCAUUUAGAUUUUUUUUUUAUUUCUCCACGCGGACUGAGUUAAACAAUAUGAAUCUAGAUAUACUUUCUGAAUUGUGAUUUUGGUGAAAUUUGGUUUUUCAGACUUGUUGUCUGGACGAUAUAUUAGUGUGUGGUUGUAAUCAGAUUACUAGCGCUAUAUACUCCUCUUUAUUGUUGAUCAUAUUUCAAUAUCAACCUCUGUACGAUACAAUUUUGGUAUACUUUGCCGACAGGAAAACAUUAACAAUGUCUUGCUUCAUAUCUCCAAUGUAUGUUACUCUGCCAAUGAAUAAAACUGUGUUAAAAUGACACUGUAUACUCAAACGAUGUACUAUAUUAUGAUAUAGUGUAGUUUAGUGUGUAGUGUAGUGUAGUUUAGUGUGAAGUGUAGUGUAGUUUAGUGUGUAG